GAGAGCCAUACCAUAUGUAGGGCCGGUAGGGAUGGAAGACGACGAGGAGGGGAGCAUGCUGCUCCACGACGACGCUAGUGAUCUUCUCUACUGCGACGAGGACCCUCUCCUUGUCUCCACGCCUCCUCCAGCUGAUGGUAAUGGUGGCGGGCCGGUGGCGGCGGCGGCGGCGUCAGUCGUCGGAGGAGACGAGGAGGAAUUAGGUGCAGCAGAACAGGAGGAGGUUCUUGCGUUGUUGGAGCACAUGGUGGGCAGGCAGGGAUGCUACGCGCCGAGCAGAGGCUACCUGGAGCAUCUGCGGCGGCAGCAGGGUGCAGCAGGUGUGGCCGCCGCUCGCUCAAGAGGAGUGCACUACAUCAUCUAUGCAUUUGGUCGGUUGGGGCUGGCGGCGGCCACGGCGUUCAACGCAGUCAACUAUCUGGACAGAUUCCUCUCCAUCAACUGCCAUCUGAAGUGGGAGGAGGCGUGGAUGGUUGAACUGGUGAGCGUGGCCUGCUUGUCCAUCGCGUGCAAGCUGGACGAAGUCAAUAUCCCAUCGCUCCACGAUCUCCAGAUGGAGGAGGUGCUUGGGCACUGGUUCCGGGCGGCGACGGUGCGGGACAUGGAGCUCGCGCUGCUCAAGGCGCUCCAAUGGCGCCUCGCCUGCGUCACGCCCUACUCCUUCCUCCAGCUCAUUAUUACUACGGCCACCACCGCUCGCUGCGCAACUCGCCUCCUCAUCCGCUCGCUCGCAGAGCCCUCGUUGCUCCUCCGCUUCGAUCCCUCCGUCAUCGCCGCCUCCGCGCUUCGGUGCGUAAACCAGCUGGAGCAGGAUCGUCACCAACUGCUGCACGGCGACAUCAUCAGCCGCCUUGUUCGUCCACAUUGCCCAACGGACGAGAAAGACGCCGAUGAGUGCUUGAGGAUGAUGCAGGCAAUCUACGCAUCCUGCUCCUUGGAUUUCGAGCAGCAGUGUAGCCCAGUUUCAGUGACACACAAUACGGCCAUCAACAGGUCGGCGGUUAGCCGUCGUCGCUUGUUCGGCGGAGGAUCGUCAACACCACCACCCCAAGAAGGCAGCACUGCUACUACACAGGACGACGAUGGUGGUAAUAAUUGACGCACCAAAUUAAAAUCAAGUACACACACGAGAUGCAUCAUCAAGACAUGCGUACAUCUCACACACAUUACUCUUAAUUUUACUGCUCCUUUACUUAAUUUACUACCAGUAAUUAACUAGCUAAUCCCACAAACUUAUUGAUUACCUGCACAUUAACUAGCUACCUGUGUGUACUACUACUACUGUACUAUAUAGUAUUAGCUAUUGCAUUCGUUCAUUGCAAUCUCCUUGCAUUGGUUGCUUAUCACUACAAUGCAACUGCAAGCACACGCACAUGUAUUUGUGUUGUGCGUGCUGUUUAGUUUUCAGCCUUCUUUUUUUCUUAAUCUUUUGUACAA